AUGGGUUCCGGGAGGUUAACUAAAUUAAAGAAAAUGUUUGAGGAGCAUGGAUUGUUGGGAAGGGUGAAUGAGUCUGUUUUUGGAUCAUUGUUCACAUCCCCUGCCUUUUUGUUCUCUGGGGCAUUGGUGCACACACUGAUUUUGCGAAAGGUGAAGUCUCCGCAUGGCAAUGAGGUACACUUCUUGAUGGGCCCAAAAUUAUGUAAGUUUGGGGUGCACGAGUUUUCCAUUAUGAUUGGCCUGAGCUGCUCCUGUCCACCCCUUGCCGCUGACAUUCAACCUCACCUUACGUCCUCCCACCUACUCGAUACAUAUUUCAAUGUGGAACCUGAGAAAGACAUUAAGUUCAAUAUGUUGGAACGAGCUUUUAGUAUGUGCGAUGUACCUGAUGAUUUGUACAAGCUCGGUUUGGUUUACUUUGUGGAGGGGAUACUAUUGGCCGCUGAGAACGACAAUGCUAUUUGGCGAGAUUCAUUGUCGAUGGUCGAGGAUUUAGAUUACUUUGAGAGGUAUCCAUGGGGAUCCCUUUCAUUUGAUACAACUGUGAAACAAUUCAGUAGAGAUAUGAAAGCGAUUGGUGCUACAAUUCCUGGUGAGAAGGUGAAGAAGACCACUGAGGUGGAGUCUUCUAAGGGUGUUCAGGUGGAGGCAAAGUACACCUGCAAGGGGUAUCCACCAGCCUUGCAAUAUUGGGCAUACGAGAUGAUUCUUGAUUUGCAGAAGGAAUACACCAAGCCCUAUGGAUUCAAGUUCCCUAUGAUGCUACAGUGGGAGAGCACAGGUCAGCUGAAGCAUUCGCAUGUGAAGGAUGUACUUGCGAGGAGACGUCUGUCAUGCAUUUAUAUCCUAAAGCCUCGACCAGAUGAGCGAGACUUCUUCGACACCAUAUAUCAGAGGACAAAUGGGGAUGCUCCUAGGUAUACGAUGCUGCAGGAUAUGAUCCAACCUGCGCCAAAGGAUGGAAGACCUUACGAUCUUGAGGCGGAGGCUGCUGCAGUGGCUGAGAUAGCUGUGGAGGCUGGCAUAUUUGUGGAGGAUGCCCCGACGGAGACUGCUUCAGAUACUAGUGUAGAACCUACUUCUGCUCCUGUUCCUGGGGCUUAUGAGGCUGUGUUGGGUGAGAUGGCUAGACUAUCAGGUGUAGUGGACAAGGCUAAGGCCAAGCUGGCAACACUUAGUGGUAUACCUACUCCUGCACCUACUCCAGCAGUGGAUGUAGAGUAUGACAUUCUCCCCACAUGUUACGAGCCUCCUGCUGGAGAAGCCACACCUCCUCAACCAGUGCAGACGGUCUUAGGUACUACUAAUCCAUGA